AUGGGUGCCUGUAGCACUUUAGCCAAGAGUUCUGGAGCUCAUGGUUCUGGGAUUAAAGGUUUUAGAAUCUGCAAUUAUCUGAAGGUGAUCCAGGGAGGUUCAGUCUUGUUGCAAGUCAUCCAGGAGCUAGAGGAUCCCACGGUAGAUAUCUACUGGGGCCUGGGAUCUGAUCCAGACUGCAUAUACAUGCUGAGACUCCAGAAUGGGAUGGAAGAUCUACAGUGGUUCAGUCUCCAGGACAAGUACAAGCAGAGGGUCCAGGUGCCCAGUAUGUCAUCCCUGAGGAUUAACAAUUUGACCUCACAGGACAGUGGGCACUACUGGGCCCAGGCCAGAUUUCAGACAGGAAGAGAAAUUAAAGCAGUUUUCCACCUCACUGUUUAUGAUCCUGUGCCCCUUGCCCAGAUCCGGACCACGUCAGCGUCCAUCACGCCCAGCUGGUGCAAUGUCACUCUGGAGUGUGGGGCCCGAGAGGCUGUAGAGGUCCUGAGUGUAACCUGGGAGGUCCAGGGCCCUCGCAGUGCGGGAUUGCCAGAGAACCCCAAGGCCAAGGACAAUGCAGUCUAUGCACAGCUGACUGCACAGGAUUAUCGGAAGGGCAAGCAGAAGGUGAAAGCU